AUGCGCACACGCUUCGCCUUCCUAGUGGCUACAUUUUUUAUUUCCGCGUGUACAGCAAAUGGGCUGGAAGCUACGGAGUCGACUGAUACUCAGACCUCGAAACAAGUUUUGCCAAAAGCCGCUCACUCUAUCAAAGCAAUUGGUGGAAGCUUCAAUAGAUUCCUUAGGAGUCCCGGAGGUGAAGAAGACGAAGAGAGAACCCCAUUUUCAUUUGGGCAAGUGAAAAACAUCAUGGAAAAAUUGAAGGGAAAGACCAUGGAAGAGGCCUUGCACCAUUUGCAAUAUCUGCGCCUCCCCUCGGACCAACGCGAAGCACUUUUGACGGUGCAUCUCGCAAAUGCUGCCAAACCGGCACGCAACGCGUAA